UCAGCAGGUCUGGGGACAUCGUGGACAUUCGGGGAUAUUUGCGCACAUCUGGGGACAUCUGGGGACGCGGGGCCACCCCCGCAGGGAUGAGCAGCGACCUGGACGUUUUCGUGGGGAACACGACGCUGAUCGAUGAGGAGGUGUACCGGCUGUGGCUGGAUGGACACUCGGUGGCCGAGGCGGUGGCGCGGCGCCUGCGGGGGGGGGUCCUGGAGCGCGAGGGGACAUCGGUGGCCGUGCUGCAGAGCGACACCCGCGACCACUACAGAACGUUCCAGAUGCUGGAGCGGCUCCUGCACGCCCCCCCCCGGCUGCUGCAGCAGCUCCUGUUCCAGAUCCCCCCCGAGCGGCAGGCCCUGCUCGUGCAGCGGUACUAUGCCUUUGACGAGGCCCUGGCCCGGGAACUGCUGGGCAAAAAACUCUCCAAGGGCACCAAGAAGGAGCUGGACGAGGUCAGCGCCCGCACUGGGGUCGGGAUCCGCAGUUGCCGCCGCCAGUUUGACAACUUCAAGAGGGUCUUCAAGGCUGUGGAGGAGCUGCGGGGCCCCUUGGCCGAGAACAUCCAGCAGCUCUUCCUGCUGCCCCCCUCCCUUGCCCGGGACUACGCCGCCAUCGUGUUCUUCGCCAACAGCCGCUUCGAGACCGGCAAGCGGCGCCUGCAGUUCCUGAGCUUCGCUGACUUCGCUGCCUGUGCCCAAAGCAUGAUGGGGCACUGGAGCCAGGGGGCCCUGGCGCCCGAGGCGGCUGAGCCGGACGGGGACCUGCCCAAGUCCUUCCUGCAGGACCUGAAGGAGCUGAAGGUGCUGGUGGCAGACAAGGACCUGCUGGACCAGCACAAGAGCCUGGUGUGCUCUGCCCUGCGGGGGAAGAUCUCGGUCUACAAUGAGCUCGAGGCAAAUUUUAAGGCACUGUCCCGGGCACUGGUGAACGUGGGGGGGAAGUUGACCCACGCCCGCGACGUUCGGGAUUUCUUCGUGGACCUGGUGGAGAAGGUGAUCGAGCCCUGCCGCUCCGACAAGUGGAGCCCGGGGGACCUGCGGCUCUUCCUGACCCAGUACACGGCAGCACCCCGGAACCUGUCGGGCUUCAGGCACCAGGCGCUGUGGGAGCGCUACAUGGCCGCCAUCACCGCCUGCCUGCUGCGCAUGUACCACGACUGACCCCAAAAACGGGCACCCCAAAAACGGGGACUGCCCCUAAAAUGGGGCACCCCCCAGGAUGUGACGCCCCUGGGGAAUUAAAAGGAUCUGGCACCUGCAAUGCCCCUUCCGAAAAGGAGAUACCCCAAAAAUGGGGCAGCUUCCAAAUAUGGGACUACAAAAAGGGAGGGGAGAUCCCAAAAAAGGGGUGACCCCCAAAACCGGGAUCCGCCAGCUUAACCACGUGGAGACUCCCCAAAACAGGGGGUGCUUGGCUACUGGAACCCCCCCAAAAUGGGGAAAACCCCACACCUGGGCACGCUCUUCCCCUGCGACCCCAGAAGAGCCGGGGUGGGGGGGUGCAAUAAAGAGCUGGGAACUGA